ACAGUUCCCUCGGAGCCGCUCGGAGGUGUUAGUUGUCAAUAUGGCUGUUGUGAGACAGACAAAGCGGAGAGAAUAAUUCUCCUCUGAUUAGAAAUCCUUGGAAAGGGUCGGACGGGGCUCCGCGGCGUUUAACGGCUCCGUCGCUCGGCUGCACACAGCGACACGGCGGCUCUUCGCUUUGGUUGUAAAGUUAGAUGUGUCAGUGGCCGUUUUGAACCGAGCAGCAGGAUGUCAGAGUUCAGUGAGGAGCCUCGCUUCACCAUCGAGCAGAUAGAUCUGCUGCAGCGGCUGCGUCGCUCCGGGAUGACCAAGCAGGAGAUCCUGCACGCACUAGAAACUCUGGACCGGCUGGACCGGGAGCACGGCGACAAGUUCGGCCGCCGGACCUCUUCCUCCUCCUCGUCCUCGUCCUCCUGCGGAGUGGGCGGGGUGAACAGCUGCACCAACAACUCUGCCUCUACCGCUACUCCCCCAUCCUUCACCACUAACGCCACUGCCUCGGCCGCCACCACCUCCUCCGCGUCCUGCAACGGGAACAGCGGCGCCGUCACCAGCGCUGAGGGCAGCGCCGCCGACCACUCAGCCGCCGCCUCUUCCACGACCUCCAAGAUCUCCACGGCCACGCAGACGCAGUUCAACAGCGGUGGGGGGCUCUCGCCGUCGCCUAGCAACUGCUACGACACCUCCCCGCCUCCGGGGCCGCCGCCCUCCGCCAUCCUGCCGUCUCCGGUGGCGUUGGUGGCGCUGGCGCAGAACGGCCGCGACAGUCUGGCCGCUACGCCCAACGGGAAGCUGUCUCCUCCUCGGUACCCGGUGAACAGCGCAGCGGCGGCACGGGCGUUUGGGUUCGAAGCCACGGAAGAAGACCUGGACAUUGACGACAAAGUGGAGGAGCUGAUGAGGAGGGACAGCAGUCUGGUGAAGGAGGAGAUCAAAGCUUUCCUGGGGAACCGGAGGAUUUCUCAGGCAGUGGUGGCCCAGGUUACCGGCAUCAGCCAGAGCAGGAUCUCCCAUUGGCUGCUGCAGCAUGGCUCCGACCUGAGCGAGCAGAAGAAGAGGGCCUUCUACCGCUGGUACACGCUGGAGAAAACCACACCAGGUGCGACCCUGAACAUGCGACCGGCUCCGCUGCCUCUGGAGGAGAUGGAGUGGAGGCAAACCCCGCCUCCCCUCACCACGGCCCCAGGAACCUUCAGGCUGCGUCGGGGAAGUCGCUUCACCUGGAGGAAAGAGUGUCUGGCUGUGAUGGAGAGCUACUUCAACGACAACCAGUAUCCAGAUGAGGCCAAAAGGGAGGAGAUAGCAAACGCCUGCAAUGCUGUUAUUCAGAAACCAGGGAAGAAGCUGUCUGAUCUGGAGAGGGUCACCUCCCUGAAAGUUUACAACUGGUUCGCCAACCGUCGCAAGGAGAUCAAGAGAAGGGCUAACAUUGAAGCCACAAUCCUGGAGAGUCAUGGGAUAGAUGUCCAGAGUCCAGGGGGACACUCCAACAGCGACGACAUCGAUGGCAACGACUUCUCAGAGCAGGCUUGUGACCUCCCGUAUUUUGACAAAAGACCUCUGAGCCGACCGUUUGGCCUUUAUCGCCUGGAGCCCACCUCACCCACACAGGAUGACAGCGCCACCCACAGUGAGCACCAGGACCCCAUCUCUCUGGCCGUGGAGAUGGCCGCCGUCAACCACACCAUCCUGGCCCUGUCCAGAACCGGAGGGGUCCCCAGCGACAUCAAGACCGAGUCCCUGGAGGAUGAAUGAACCACCAGAGCUGGAAUGCCGGAGGAGGAGGAAGAACCAGGGGGACGAAGAGAACCGAAGGCAAAAGAAAGGAGGAGUUCUAGAGAUGGAGGCAGAGGGGCUCUAAAAAAUAAUGCUUCUGAGUAAACCAGCCCCCUGCCAGUCUCUUUCUCUCUCUCUCUGCCUCCCCCUCCUCCUCCCCUCCUCCCUCUGGUCCAUGUAAACAGUAAUUACCCCCACCCCUACCCCUCCACCAACCCUAUGGACUCAGCUGGAGGACAGGAGUCACUAUAGGACCUCCUCUGUGGAAAGAAGAAACAAAGGGGGACCCAGACCUCUCUAACCUCCCCUAAAACGCUGUCUGGGACUCUCUCUCCUCACAGGAUACCUCUUCUCUCCCCUCUGCCUCCCCCUUUACCUCCCCCUCUUCCAGCCUGGUUGUCUGAGCCGAUUCCUCAGUCUAUCUCACCUCAACGUCAACCUCAGAAAAUAACGUGUACUGUAUAUAUGAUAUAUAUAUAUGGUUCUAUGGUUCUCAGUCUCACUCACCUCAUGGUGGCCACCUACCUACCUACGACCUACUUACCGACCUACCUACCUACCUACUUACCUACCUACCAACCGACCUACCUUCCUACCUAUCUACCUUCCGACCUACCUGCCUACUGACAGACUUACCUUCCAACCGAUCUACCGACCUACCUGCUAUCUCACCCUCCAGUCCACCUCUUCAUCGUGCAGUUCAUGGGAAGAACCUCCAGCCGUCGUCUUGGGGAACAGAUGGAUGAAGAGAGCUUCCUCCGUCUCAGCAGGAAUCAUAUCGCAGACGGAACUGUUCUAGCCGCUAGAUCUAUCAUUUGUCUGGUUCUCUGCAGUCGAGCUGCUAUUCUGGAUAAAAACAACAAAAAAAACUCCAAAAUGUUCUGCUGAAAAUGAGAAAUCGCCUUAAUUCCACUCAGAAGACAACGAGGAUCUGAUAAAUUACUCCGUGCACAAAGAAAUACUUUCAGCACACAUGAAAACAACUAAUUGACGUCCAGGUUUCUAUCCAGCAGCAGCAGAUGUGGUUUAGUUUCUAUCCAGUUUCUGGAUCAACAGAUCUGGUUUAGUUUCUAUCCGGUUUCUGGAUCAACAGAUCUGGUUUAGUUUCUAUCCGGAGUCUGGAUCAACAGAUCUGGUUUAGUUUCUAUCCGGUUUCUGGAUGAACAGAUCUGGUUUAGUUUCUAUCCGGUUUCUGGAUCAACAGAUCUGGUUUAGUUUCUAUCCGGAGUCUGGAUCAACAGCUCUGGUUUAGUUUCUAUCCGGUUUCUGGAUCAACAGAUCUGGUUUAGUUUCUAUCCGGUUUCUGGAUCAACAGAUCUGGUUUAGUUUCUAUCCGGAGUCUGGAUCAACAGAUCUGGUUUAGUUUCUAUCCGGUUUCUGGAUCAACAGAUCUGGUUUAGUUUCUGUCCGGUUUCUGGAUCAACAGAUCUGGUUUAGUUUCUAUCCGGUUUCUGGAUCAACAGAUCUGGUUUAGUUUCUAUCCGGAGUCUGGAUCAACAGAUCUGGUUUAGUUUCUCUCCGGUUUCUGGAUCAACAGUCCUUCUGCUUUUUCUCUCCAGCUCUCCGUGACGCUAUUCAGGCUGAGAGGAUCAAUUUAGGAUCAAUGUGAUAAUCAAAGUUUCUAAGCUAUCUAAUAAGGGGAAAUGUGCUUUUUUUUUGGUUUUUUUUUGUUUUUUAAAAUUUUUUUAUGUCAUCCAUGCCAAAGGAAAAGAUGCUAAAACGCUAAGCUAAGACUGAUCUGAAAGGUGUUGAUCCAAAGCGACUCCUUUGGCAGGUUUCUGAAGCCUGGACGCUACAGCAGGCCUGUCGGUACAGAUGUUACCAGAAAUACCGCAGAGAUAUUUACUACGUGAACGCUGCCUCUUUAUAUUAGCCUAAAUAAUGAGCUUUUUUAAAUAUCUAAUUAGACUAAAUCCACUGGAAAUGGUUAAGAUUAUCAGAAAUUUUUAAAAUCAGUAUCUAUAUAGCCUCAAAGGUCAAAUCAUCACCGUGAAGGGAAUCCCAAUCAAAGAUAUGUAAAGUGGUGAUAUUAGACUUUAUUUUCCACUGUUUGUUGGUAUCAUUUUUGUUGAAUGGAACUUUUCCAAAACCAUCUCUGGCUGAAAGUCAUGAUGUUCUAUACGGGGCACUAAAGGCACAGAUUCAUUUUAUUGGUGACUGACGUCCAUAAAUCUGACUUUAGGGUGGAGAAAUCACAAUAAUGGGAAAUCAGAUUGUUCACUUCUAGAGUUCCAUGAGAAGAUGCUGGUCUCUGACACGUUAAAGGAGAAUCACCUCUUAAAGAAUUCUUCUCUUUAGGAUCCUUAAUGCCAAAGAUAGUGGUUGGUGAAGCAUGUUCAGUUAAAAUCCAUGAUCUGCUCUGUAACAAGCGAACUGCGUCUGUAGGGAAAAGAACCGCCUUUUAAACCUUACCAAACCUUUCAAACGUUUUUAUCUGAUUUAUCUCGUUGACCACUGAAAUUACAAUCAUGGCUCCAGAUUCAUUUCAACCGGAGCCUCGUCUUUUAGCCCAAAAUAAUUUUUAAGGUGACUUGACUACAAGGACUUUAGCUACAAGACUAGAAGCUGGAGAACAACCAUCCAGUCUCCUAGCAUCUUCAACAUUCAUUAACGUUCUGAACUUGAAGCAGUUUCUCGGUAUUUUUCUUGCUCCGGUCUCGUUUUUACUCACUGUGGGCUCAUUUUUCACUGAUAUUUAAUCCUGCAGCUCUAUGGGAACAGCACAACCAUGACCAGGAGCAGAGACACUCAGAAAUCUGUUUUAACGUUCUCAUUCAGUGGUUUUUAUUUGUAUUUUAAACAUUUUAGAUUAAUACUAAAGACAUCAAAUCCAUGAAUGAACACAUAUGAACUAUGUAGUAAACAAUAAAGUGUUAAUCUUAAGUAUUAAUGUAGGAAAUAAUGCAAAUAAAUAAAAAGCACUGAAUGAGAAAAUCCAGACUUUUACUGAUAAUUUAUGUUAGCAAUACUACAUAUGAUAGAUGUUUUACUGCUUCCAUCUUUAGUUUGUUUCCGUACUUUUAUCAUCAUUUAUCUGCUUGAACACAGCCUGCACUUCAGCUGAAUAUUUAAAAUGACUGUUAGCUACAUCUGAGUCAAUCAUUACAGACUGUUGUGUGUUUUUUUGCCUGUGACUGUUGGGCUUCAGAGGGCCUUAAUGUAAAGUUUAGUUUGGGUUUUUAAAGCGGUUUGAGUAUUUUUUGGUCACAGUGACCUCAUUAUGUUUCACCUAAGGAGCUUGAAGGAGUUUUAUGCUAAGCUAAAACGAACAUUAAAUAGUUUCUCCAGUUCCUAUUUUGCAUUAAACACACAAAUCCAGUGUAAUAAGCAGUGAGCUGGUGGUUCUGAGGUGGACCUGCCUCCAGGAUCUAACCAGCUUCAUCUAGUCGUGAUGGAGGCAUCCAUCUUCUCAUUGAACUCUUCUCCCAGAAACGUUCCUUCUGAAGGAAUCUCUGCCUGAGUGUUGGUUUUGGAGAACUGGGACAGUAUUCUACCCAGCAGGUUAAACCCAACCACAAACCUCAUGAAAUGGUCCGAUGUGGACGCCGGAAUCUCAACCUGUUACACUCAAAGUGUUUUAAAGCUGUUCUCUCCUGGUUCCUGCUGGUCUGAUACCUCCCAGUCAGCUAAAGCUCUAUUUAAACCCACCGCUGCACAGCUGGGACCUGAAACUAUAUGUAUUUAUACUCAUUUUUUAUGGUAAUGUACAAAAAAAAAAAAAAGAAUGACAUAUGUUUUAAAAUGAAACAAGCUUUAUUGUUGAAUUGUUUUAAUUUCUCCUGACUUUCUAUUUUAUUUUAUUCUUGUCAUCCCUUAUUCUACUGAACAACAGUCCCCCUCCUAUUUGUACCCGAGGUAGGAAGAGAUUUUAUGAACGAUGUGAUGCACCUUAUGAAAAUUAAGUAUUGCUGUUGACUAAGCUUGAAAUGUAAACGCCUCUGUUCCCCCAUGACGACAACGUACAACAACGGGCUGGUGUGGAAAAAAAACAUUUCAGUUCAGCUGCUUCACAAUAAAUCACCAGAAAUCAGGCCCAGUAAAACAACGCCAAACUCCACGGUGAAAUCUGCCUUUUUAUUGCACAAAAAUAUCUCAGAAGAAUAGUGGAUUAAAGUUAAAUUAUUUGUAAAUAAUAGCCCAGUUUUAACCUUCUAUUAGAAACAAAUGUGUUUUCAUCAUGGUUUUUCAUAGAAUUUGCUGUUUUCUGCCUAACAGUUAAAUAAUGAGGCGAACUGCUCUUUAACCCUCCUGUUGUCUUCAUUUACAGGCACCAAAAAAAUAUUGUUUCCUUGUCUGAAAAAAAUUCUGCACAGAAGUUCCCCAAAUUUCUGAAAAUUUGCCAAACCUUCAGGAAGAAAAUUCCAAUAAUUCCUUAAAAAUUUAUGUGAAUGUUCUUAAGAAAUUCCUUUUUUUCCACCAAAAAAUGUUCAAAGAUUUUCCAAAAAUGUUGAAAAUGUGCACAUCAGAAGUUUCACUGUGAAAAUAUAUUUUUUUCUCCACAUUUUCAAACUUUAAAACAGGUCAGUUUUGACCCACAGGACGACACGAGGGUUAAAACUUAAUAUCUACAAAUAUGAGCACAUCGCAGCUUUACAAAGCGUAUUUAAGAUAAAACACACCUGGAAGUUACCAGUUGAACUGUGUUUUUCUAUUUUUUGGGUUUUUCUCUGGAGUUCGGUGUGACGUUCCCAUACUGAGAAUGUUGUACGUUCAGAAAAAUCAGUCAUGCGUGGGGGGAAAAAAGAGUACAAAGAGUGCAUUUAGAGAUUAUUCUCUCACUAAAAGACACUUUUAAAUGAACUGCCUUCGAUGCCCAAUUAGCGAGUUUUAAUCCAGAAGUAUUUAUGUGAGCUCGAUGGGGAAACGUUGGAAAAAGAAACCCUCAGAUAGAAGAACCUGGGACUGACUGAAGGAGGUUUUUGUUGGUCGCUUUCUGAAGGUCCUCUGGUGUGGUGGUGUCAGGGUCAACAUGUCUACAUGUCCUUCGUGUUUCCGCCUCAUCCCAUAUAGCUCAGAAAAGAGGACUGAACACUGUCGUAUCAAUCUCCAAUCUAUUAUGUUCACAGUUACUGUAUCGCCCAUUUCAGAAUUUAGUGCCUUUUUUGGACAGUAGACUGUUCUGUAAUUAAGAUGUAGUAUAUAUACAUUUUUUUGUACAGUUUCUUUGUUCAUUUUUUAAACUUGUGUUUAUUUUAGUAUGAUAUAUAUAAUGUACAAGAGAAUAAAGCUAUAUCAAUUUGACUGCAGAUAGAAGUCAAGUUGGAGGAAAUAAAUGUCUAAUGAAGUGAUUUAUGGAGAGUAAAAGCCUGAAUAUUAAAUCUCUGUUGCAUCAACUAUA